AUUCUUUUAACUAGAGCCGAUCAGAAAUCACCAGCACUACUCCCAUCUUCCGGAAAUUCGUCCCUCCCUCCAGUCAGCUUCUUUCUUGGGUGAACUCGCUGUGAGCAUGCCCCUGGAUUGACGAUCCCCGAUAAGGCCUGUGAUUGGGGGCCCCCAGUCAGUGUCGGUGGAUAUUCACAAUGAGCACAAGUGUGGGCGAAUGGGUGGAGUUCUUCGUGGGGGCGGGAAUUCCCUCGCGCGAAUCGGCCCAAUACGCCCAAACCUUUCAUUCGCAUCGAAUCUCCAUGGAAAUGCUCCUGGAUCUCAACAAAGAAUAUCUCCGAGAUAUGGGCAUCACGGUCUUGGGCGACAUCAUUGCCAUUCUCAAGCAUGCCAAAGAAGUCCAGGGCAACAUGACCUCGCACCGUGUCCUCCAGGGAUCCUCGGCCUCGCAUGCUUUGGCCACGCCCCCCACGGCCGCCGGGAGUCGACCCGCUGUAACACCAGUCAUGAACCCCGACUCCACCAUGGCCAAGGAUACUCAUCCAUUGCCCGCGAUGUCCCGGAGGCCGUCGGGCGAUCAUGAGCGUGAUCGCUCACGUUCUCAGAGCAAUGCUAACCCGGUGAGCCCGCCCACGGUGUCCGCCCGUUUAGGCCCACCCGCGCCUCGUCGAUUCGCCGAGUUCAAGAAGGAUAACGUAUUCCGACGUUUAGCAGAUGUGCCCGUUACUCAACCCGAGAUUUCUUCGUCCCGGUCGGUGUCCAUGCGACCUCCAGAGGACACCACAGUUCGAUCCGUGUUCAAACGUGUGGGUCAAGCCACACCCACCAACGGAUCAAGCUCCAAAUCCAACAAAUCAAAUCCCGUAGAGGAGAGCCGUCCCAAGAAGAAGAAAUACAUUAUGGUCCGCACUCUAUCUGAUGGAUCCAAAAUUCGUCAAAUCGUCUCGCCGGAUGAUCCGAUUCUCGAGCGGGUCCAAGUGACCAAACGGGUCCCGUCAACCCCGCCUUCCGGAGCAGUCCGACCAUUUGUAGCUACAACCAGAUUCCCGGCGGCCCCGCCUUCUUCAUUAUCUUCGUCUCGCGAGCCUCUGCGCAAGAAGCGCAAGCCCAUUUCUCCGCCCAGAGAUGAUCCGCCUAGAAGCUCGUCGCGUUCGUAUCAGAUUCGCCGUAGCGAUGAACCUCACCAAAGGAUCCACGAAAGGUUGGAGGGCGGAUCCCGACAUCGAUUUGAAAGCUCGAGGAUGUCCGACUCACAACUUCCUGCAACAACCCAAGGGCCCAAAAGGUCGGAUCCAGGAUCCUCCCGGAUGUACAGUGACGACUACAGUAACAAAAUGUCACACAGAGUCGGUCGGAAGAGAACUUUGUGAAUCGCUUUAUAAUAAGCAAUAGAAUGGUUACAUUAUAAAUGAUUGCGUUCA